GGGGGGAGGCGGCAACAUUGUUUCAAGUUGGACAAAUUGACAAGAGCGAGAGAUACAGGUUCCCAGGCCCCCGCUCCAGGGCCGGGCUGACCCGACUCGCUAGCGCUUCAUGGAGAACUUCCAAAAAGUGGAAAAGAUCGGAGAGGGCACGUACGGAGUUGUGUACAAAGCCAAAAACAAGGUGACGGGAGAAGUGGUGGCGCUUAAAAAAAUCCGCCUGGACACUGAGACGGAGGGUGUACCCAGUACUGCCAUACGAGAGAUCUCUCUGCUUAAGGAGCUUAACCACCCUAAUAUUGUCAAGCUGCUGGAUGUCAUUCACACAGAAAACAAACUCUACCUGGUUUUUGAGUUUCUGCACCAGGAUCUCAAGAAAUUCAUGGAUGCCUCUGCUCUCACUGGCAUUCCUCUUCCCCUUAUCAAGAGCUAUCUGUUCCAGCUGCUCCAGGGCCUAGCUUUCUGCCAUUCUCAUCGCGUCCUGCACCGAGACCUCAAACCUCAAAAUCUGCUUAUCAACGCAGAGGGGUCCAUAAAACUAGCUGACUUUGGACUAGCCAGAGCCUUUGGAGUCCCUGUUCGUACUUACACUCAUGAGGUGGUGACUCUGUGGUACCGAGCACCUGAAAUCCUUCUGGGCUGCAAAUACUACUCCACAGCAGUGGACAUCUGGAGCCUGGGCUGCAUCUUUGCUGAGAUGCACCUAGUGUGUACCCAGCACCAUGCUAGGUGCUAUGGGGAACACAGAAGAAAUGGAAGACACAGUCUCUGCCCGCUGUGCUCCUAUCUAGAAGUGGCUGCAUCACAAGGAGGGGGGAUGACCGAAGUGUCUACCCCACACCCCGUGACUCGCCGGGCCCUAUUCCCCGGAGAUUCUGAGAUCGAUCAACUCUUCCGGAUCUUUCGGACUCUGGGGACCCCUGAUGAGGUGGUUUGGCCAGGAGUUACUUCUAUGCCUGAUUAUAAGCCGAGUUUCCCAAAGUGGGCCAGGCAAGAUUUUAGCAAAGUUGUGCCUCCGCUGGAUGAAGAUGGACGGAGCUUGUUAUCGCAAAUGCUGCACUACGACCCCAACAAGCGGAUUUCAGCAAAGGCAGCUCUGGCUCACCCUUUCUUCCAGGAUGUGACCAAGCCAGUACCCCACCUUCGACUCUGAUGUCCUUCUCCAAGCCCCUGCCUCCAGGAUCACCCUCUCCUCCAGUGGGGGCCCGAUCUGCCUUGGUCCUGGGAUCUUAGCCCACUGAUUUUGUCUGGCUGCCUUAGCACUCACCUGCCCCUCUUAGCCAGCCAACUCUGGGGAAACAGCAGGUGGAGGGGAGAAAUAGGUAAAAUUGAAAGGAAGCUUCAGUAUUAGAUGCACUUAUGUCAGCCUCGACCAUCCUAUCCCCCUCCUCUUAGUCAUUGCUUAGGAGGGCUGGUAUUUAAGGAAAAAAAAAAAAAAGAUUGACUCUUCCUCAUUCCUCCAUAUAGGGUUUGCCAUC